GUGCACACUUGACAGCUGAGACCAGUCAACACUGUAGGAUUUGUUUAUUUAGCCGGUUUCUUAUGUUGAGGAAUUUGAUAAAGUCACGCUUUCUGUUGCCCCGCACAAUGUCCUGCUUUUCACAAGUGAUAAACCCUAUAACUGGCGACAAUUCCUGGCAGGAGCGCGGAGAUGACUACGAUUACCACCAGGAAGUGGCCAACGCGGGUUUCGGCGACAUGUUGCACGAUUGGGAGCGCAAUCAGAAGUACUUUGCCGCCCUUAAAAAGACCAUCGGAAAAAUGCGAGCGUCGGGAAAGGAGGUUCAUGUCCUAGACAUCGGAACCGGCACGGGAAUACUCUCCAUGAUGGCUCUUUCCGCUGGAGCAGAUUCGGUCACCGCCUGCGAGGCCUUUUUGCCCAUGGCCAAUUGUGCGGAGAAGAUUCUGGCCGCCAACGGAGCCGGCGAUAAGGUGCGCCUCAUUCGAAAGCGUUCCACGGACAUUCAAGUGGGCGAGGACAUGCCACGAAAAGCUAAUCUCCUCGUGGCGGAGUUGCUGGACACAGAAUUGAUUGGCGAGGGAGCCAUAGGGAUUUAUAACCAUGCCCAUCGCGAGCUGCUCACCGAGGAUGCCCUUUGCAUUCCCGCCCGCGCAAGGUGCUACGCCCAGGUGGCCCAAUCCCCGUUGGCUGCACAGUGGAACAGUCUGAAAACACUGGCUAAUUUGGACGGCGAACCUCUGCUGCAACCGCCUGAGCAGCUAAAAGGUUGCAAAGGGGAAGCUGCUCUGCACGAUGUCCAAUUGUCUCAAUUGCCAAACUCGGCCUUCCGUCCGCUUACCGAUCCCGUGGAGAUAUUUCAGUUCGAUUUUCAGCGCAAGCAGGAAAGAGAGAAGCAGCGUGAACAGCGGCUGAAACUCCAAUCUAAGCUACCGGGAGCCGCUGAGCUGGUAUUCUACUGGUGGGACAUUCAUCUGGACGACGCUGGUGAAAUUCUUCUUAGCUGUGCUCCUUACUGGGCACAUCCUGAGCUUAAAGAACUGGCAGCUGAGAAGAAAGAGGAUCACCCGCUGCCCAAUGUAGUUCCUUGGCGGGAUCACUGGAUGCAGGCCAUCUACUACAUACCAAAGCCUCUGCAACUGCUCGAAGCAGGUAAAUCCUUUCACCUAAGCUGCCAUCACGAUGAGUACUCGCUGUGGUUCGAUGCCCAUGAAGAUGCGCCCACGAAAAGUGUGCGGCGACAUACCUGCUCCUGUGACCUGCACAUGACCUACUCGCGCAGCAGAAUUGGCCAGAUCAACCAGUCGCCUCGAAACAAACGCUACCUGCGCUACCUGGAGGAUAACAUCGAGGAGGGAAAGUCGAAUGUGCUGGUCCUUGGAAACGGAUGCCUGCUUGGCUUAGCAAGCUCUGCUUUGGGAGCUGCAUCCAUUCAACUUCAUGAACCCCAUCGUUUCUCGCGAAGGUUACUUGAAUCCAUUGUGCAGCACAACCAACUGAAGAACGUUCAGUUUGUGGACAAAGUGGAGGAGCUUGAGGAUCCGCAACUGGCUGCUCUUACCCACAUCUUCGCAGAACCUUACUUUUUAAAUGCAAUCCUGCCGUGGGAUAACUUUUAUUUUGGCACCUUGCUGAUGAAAAUAAAAGACAGGUUGCCGGAGAACGUGAAGAUUUCGCCAUGUUCGGCGAGGAUUUAUGCCUUGCCCGUGGAGUUUUUGGACUUGCACAAAAUUCGAGCUCCCGUUGGCAAUUGCGAGGGAUUCGAUCUGCGUUUGUUCGAUGAAAUGGUGGAAAGAUCUGCAGAGCAAGCAGUGUCCUUGGUGGAGGCCCAGCCCCUCUGGGAAUACCCAUGUCGCGCACUUUCAGAGCCCCAAGAAGUGCUUGAUGUAAAUUUUAGCGACUUUGGCAAAGAGCUUAACCUAAAAGGAAGCAUAGAACUGAAGCAUCCUGGGACCUGUAAUGGAGUGGCCUUAUGGGUAGACUGGCAGUUGGUGGAUGACAACAGUCCCAGAUCGAUUGUGAGCAGUGGUCCCAGUGAACCCGUCAUUCUUGGUGAAUUUGUGAAGUGGGAUAUGUUCGUCCGGCAGGGAGUGCAUUUUCCCAGAAAGCGCGAGGAAGCUAUUACUCAUCUCGAAUGGAGCACGGAUUUUAAACCUCUGUUAGGCGAACUAAACUUCAGCUUUAGCCAGAAGAAGCUCUAAUUUUAUUAUUUUUUCACGAAAAUUUGGACAACGAGUAAUGAACAUCAGGGCAAAUACAUUGAAUGAGUGAUAUUU